AUGGCGACGCCCAACCGGGAGACUCCGCACAGUUCUACCCCAUCUACGUCGGCGUCAUCAAGGUCGAGCAUGGACGCUCAGUCACCCUCCACAAGAACCCCUUCGCUACGAAUUCCUUCCAUGCCCAGCGCUGCGGCUCAACACCGUCAGAGCUUCCAUGAACUGCGAGGCCAUCCUCCUUCUCCAAGAUCUCAGAGACAACCUUCCAUUUCACAAUUAGCUGUUCAGGAGUUGAUUGACAACCCUCCAAUGAAGAACCCCGAUCCCAAGUUUGCUGGACGAGACUGGACCACGGUCAAGGUCAAAGAGCUGGUGAAUCCCGACGACCUGAGGUUUGUCGACAUUGACACAGGAGUGGAAGCAGCCACCAACCUUCUCAUUGAAUCCGGUGCACCAGUGGUGCUCAUUCGCGAAAAGGCUGGAUCGCCCGUCAUUGGAACAUUCGACCACCGUGAUCUCAACGCCUAUCUCCUCCUGGUCGUCGGCCUAUGGAGACCGGAUGACGAACAUGCUGAAGAUUUUAUGGAAUUGGCUCGACGCGCACGAGAAGGAAAACUUAUACAUCUUGGCGAAAUCAAAGACCUCUGCAAAAAGGAACCGUUGACGUUCUUGGACGAGAACUCAGAUUUGCUCAAGGCCAUUGAGACGUUUGGUAAAGGUGUCCAUCGUGUUGUGGUGAUUGACGAAACCACCAAAGAAGCAACCGGUGUCCUGAGUCAGAGCCGGCUGAUCAGAUUCCUGUGGGAGAAUAGAAGAUGCUUUCCCGUUCUCGAUCAACUCUAUACACAACACUUGCGAGAUCUCAAGAUUGGGUCCCACGACGUCGUGGCCAUCAACGGCGAUCGACCGCUAGCCGAAGGGCUCACCCUCCUCCUAGACGAAGGGGUUUCUUCCCUUCCGGUCGUCGACCAUAAUCGCAACGUCAUCGGCAACAUCUCGAAUGUUGACGUGAAAUUACUCACCAAAUCGUCCUCACUCCCACUCCUCCGCAAUACUUGCAUCCACUUCAUUACUGUCAUUCUCUCCACGCGUGGUAUGGUUGAAGGGAAGGAUUCCUUUCCAGUUUUCUAUGUCACGCCGCUUUCUACCCUCGCGCACACCGUCGCGAAACUUGUCGCUACCAAAUCCCACCGGAUGUGGCUUACAGAACCGGUAUCACCCAGUUCUUCUAGCCCUCCAACUCCAUCUUUACACACAGCAACUCUAGCUCCGACCUCAAGUCACUCCUCCAGCUCCAGCCAACACCACGGCACUCCACCCCUGGUCGCCUCUACCCCCGUUGAACCACUCGCGAGCGCCGUCGCCGACCCCUCGCCAAAAGCGCCCUUCAUCGCUCCAACGGGACCAAGCGUCUCCGCCUCGUCACUCCCGGGUGCUCGCAUCUCCGGCCGCCUGGUCGGCGUCGUCAGUCUCACUGACAUCCUGAUCCUCUUUGCCCGUGCAGGCGGACUCACGAAUGUCGCAGAUCCCAGUGAAAUUCGCAUGCGGAGGAGGAGAAGCAGUUCCAGCAGUGUCAGGAAGAGCAUUGAUUUGGGAUCCAGGCCGUCGAUUUCGGGCCAGGGAUCGGCAUUAAGGCCGUCAGGGGAAUUGCCCCGGGAAGCUAGUGGAGCAGGGACAAGUGGAAGUGCGAGGGGUUGA